CGACUUCCUGCGCCAGGGCAGGAGGAUUUGCGCGAGAGCUUUUCAGUGGCUGGGCCUACGACCCAAGAGCGGUCGGGGUAGGGCCGUCAACAUGCCGCUUUAAUACACCUUAAAACCUGCUUUUUGCUACCUGAAUUUUGGUAGCAUUGUAAUUUAACGGGCCGCACUUCGAAGCGGUCACUUUAAUGAAAGAGUUUUUUUUUUUUGUUUUUUUUUUUACAUUUUUUUUUCAAAGUCCGCGAUUGACGUGAAACCCGAUCUUAGGGUGUCUCAGUUUCACGAUGUCCGAUACUGGGUUUAGUACGCAGAAUGGUUCUGAAGGCGGGGAGCAUUACACGAACGGUCCCAUGCAAAAUCCAGUAAUAAAUCAACUUCCAAGUCAGGGGUUAAAUGUUUCCCAAGGGUCAUAUCCACAGAUGAUUUCAACAAAGGCACCCCACCAGUUGGCACCUGCACAGUAUAACUAUGUUCCUCCACAGAAUCCUCCUACUGUGAAUAUGUAUCAAAGACCUAUACAGACGAACAUUGCCAGACCUCCUUUGGACCCUUUUAAACAAGUCCUUGCCCAUCAGGAUAGUUCUGUGUCAAGACUGCCUCCCCAGCCUCCAAGUGUAACUGCUCCAGCAAUGCCCUCAAAUAAUUUAUAUGCUAGCUCACAAAUCUUGCCACCAUCAAACUGGCACUAUGGCAACAGUUCUUCAAGUAGUCAGCUGUCAAAUUUUCAAGCUAAUCAUGUCACAUCAUGGUCUGGCCCUGCACGAACACCACCCCUUGGGAUGGGAUAUUCAAAGACAUCAGCGCAACAGAACAGCAUUCCAGGAAAUCGUACAACCCAGAGCAACUAUGUACCACCAGGUCCAAACCCAGUGAAUCCUCUGGUGAUGCAGGCUUAUCAACCUACUAGACCUCCUGUUGGGCCCCCCACCUAUGGGAAUAGUUUCUCCUCCAUUCCAAGGACCAGCUACAUCUCCUGCUGGACCACUGAGUAGUGUAGAUCCCCCCAUCAAACAAGGAAGUGAACAUAUGCCACUGCCAGUUGAUGGCACCAAGGUUCCUAAUAGCUUUGAUACAUUAGAAAGUGGUGGCAGAAACUUUGUCUCAGCAGCUCCUCCUCCUCCCACUGUGGCAGGCAGGACUGCCACUCAGUCAUAUCCAUCAUUACCUCCCAACUAUCAGAAUGUGGGUCCAGCAUCCAGUGCUUCAGGAAUGCCACCUCAUAUACAGCCAUACCCAACCUUGGUCAGCCCAGCACAGUUGUCAUCCUCUUUAGGCAAUAUGAGCCUAAACGGCAGAACAGCCAGAGCAUUGAAAGCUAUUAAUCUUCUUCAGGAGAGAAACAUCCUUCCACGUGGCCUUGUCACUCCACCAGUUCCCUGCCUUCCACAUGCGCUACAAGUUCAAUUGCAGCCUGAAGUCUUCCGGUGCACGUUAACAAACAUCCCUCAAACACAAUCCUUGCUGAACAAAGCAAAACUUCCUUUGGGUUUAGUCCUCCACCCUUUUAAAGAUUUAUCACAGCUGCCAGUCGUCACAUCAAGUACCAUUGUCAGAUGUCGUUCUUGCAGAACCUACAUUAAUCCGUUUGUCACAUUUCUUGAUCAGAGAAGAUGGAAAUGCAACCUUUGCUACAGAGUCAAUGAUGUUCCAGAAGAGUUUAUGUAUAACCCUGUAUCCAGAUCAUAUGGAGAGCCACAUAAAAGGCCAGAAGUGCAAAACUCCACAAUUGAGUUCAUUGCUCCAUCUGAAUAUAUGUUGCGUCCUCCCCAGCCUGCAGUAUACCUCUUUGUGCUGGAUGUUUCCCACAAUGCCAUUGAAACUGGAUAUUUAGACACAGUCUGUCGAUUACUCUUGGAUAAUCUUAACCUUUUGCCAGGCGACAUGAGGACAAAAAUUGGAUUUAUUACCUUUGAUAGCACAAUACAUUUCUAUAAUCUUCAAGAAGGAUUAUCUCAGCCUCAGAUGCUUGUUGUAUCUGACAUUGAAGAUGUGUUUAUACCAGCACCAGAUAGUUUAUUAGUUAAUCUUAAUGAAUCUAAGGAGCUGAUUCAGGAUUUAUUAAAAAGUUUGCCCCAGAUGUUUACUAAAACCUUGGAAACACAGUCAGCCUUGGGACCUGCAUUAACAGCUGCCCAUAAACUUCUCUCACCCACUGGAGGAAGGGUUUCAGUGUUUCAGACACAGAUCCCUUCGAUAGGAUUAGGAGCGCUUAAGUCAAGAGAGGAUCCCAAUCAGCGGGCUGCUGCAAAGGAUGUUCAGCACCUUACCCCAGCCACAGACUUUUACAAGAAAUUGGCUCUGGACUGUUCAGGACAACAGAUUGCUGUGGAUCUUUUUGUGCUUAGUGGACAAUACUGUGAUUUGGCUUCUUUAGCUUGUAUAUCUAGGUAUUCCUCGGGUUCAGUCUAUUACUAUCCAUCCUAUCACCAUCAGCAUAAUGCUGGCCAAGUGGAACGAUUUGAGAAAGAUGUCAAAAGAUAUCUAACACGAAAGAUCGGCUUUGAGGCUGUCAUGAGAAUUCGCUGUACCAAAGGUCUUUCAAUACAUACCUUUCACGGAAAUUUCUUUGUUCGUUCAACGGAUUUGCUGUCCUUACCUAAUGUGAACCCUGAUGCUGGAUUUGCAGUUCAGAUGUCAAUUGAAGACAAUCUGGUUGACAUGCAAGUGGUUUCCUUUCAGGCUGCACUUCUGUAUACAUCAAGCAAAGGAGAAAGGCGUAUUCGAGUCCACACUAUGUGCCUACCAGUUGUGAAUUCUUUAGCAGAUAUUUUUGCUGGGGCUGAUGUUCAAGCUAUAACAGGUCUUCUGGCUAGUAUGGCUGUUGAUCGCUCUGUUUCAUCCAGUCUUAGCGACGCCAGGGAUGCUCUUGUGAAUGCUGUUAUUGAUUCUUUUUCGGCCUAUCGCACCUCUGUGCUUAGUUUGCAGCAGCCAGGCCUUCUUGCUCCAGCCUGUAUGCGUCUUUUCCCGUUGUAUGUACUGGCACUUUUGAAGCAGAAAGCCUUCCGAACAGGAACAAGCACCCGUCUGGAUGAUCGUGUAUUUGCUAUGUGCCAGUUAAAAUACCAACCCUUGGUGUAUUUCAUGCUAUUGAUUCAUCCUGCCUUGUACAGAGUAGACAAUCUUACAGAUGAGGGCUCCAUAAAUGUUAAUGACAAAGUAAUUCCACAGCCCCCAAUUCUGCAGCUUUCUGUGGAGAAGUUGAGCAGAGAUGGAGCAUUUUUAAUGGAUGCUGGCUCUGUUAUGUUUCUUUGGGUUGGAGGAAGUUGUGCACCUAAUUUUUUUAAUCAAGUUUUGGGAGUAUCGGACUAUACAGCAAUACCACAAAAUAUGACCCAGCUCCCUGAGCUAGACACGGCCGAAUCUGUUAAAUUAAGGUCUUUCAUAUCUUGGUUAAGAGAGCAAAGACCUUUCUUUCCUGUACUACAUGUAAUCAGGAAUGAAAGCCCACUAAAGACUAAUUUUAUGCAGAACAUGAUUGAAGACCGAACUGAAUCAGCCUUCUCUUAUUAUGAGUUUCUUCUGCAUUUGCAGCAGCAAGUGAGCAAAUAAAAUAGAAGUUUUCCUUUUGAAAUUUUUCUUCUUAAAGAAAUGAAGCAUCAUGAAUGCCACCAUUCAGCAACAGUGCCUGUCUUCAGAAAAAGACUUAAAACAAACUGUCUUUUUUUUUUUUUUUUUUUUGAACAAAUUAGAAAUUCAUCACUAAUUCUUUCUUCUCCACCCUCUCUCUAACUAAUAGUUAAAAUAACAUUCAGUUGGUUUGAAAUUAAGGUCAGGAUGUCUGUGUUUUAUAUCAAUUCAAACAUUUUAGCAGAUUUAAAAGAAUAAAUGCAAUGUUUAAAUAGCCACUUUUUAAAUGAAAAUGAUUCUAGUUUAUUAUGCAAGGCCAUUUCAGUAAAAUGCAUUUGUGUUUGUGUUGUGUCUUUUAACUCAAACCUGUUUUUCCCCGCAAUCAAUUUGGAAAAGCAAAUUUGUUUUAUAUUUAACUUUCUCUUUUUUUUUUUUGUGUGUGUGUGUGUGUGAGCAAUAAGUAUCUCGACUGGUAAGAAAACUGAAUGCGUUUAAACCUCACACUUGUAUAUUGUGUUAAAUUCUGUAUGAUGGGUUUAUUUUUCUUUUCAGUAUUCCAAAAUUUUCCAUAAUACAAAUUAAGUAAUGGAUGAGAAAAAGAGUAAAGUAUCAAAGUAUAUAAGAUUAGUUUCUGUAAUUAACUACUGUGUAUAAUUUUUCUUUAAAUUUUCACUUUUUUUUGCAGUUUAAUCAUAUAGGAGAUAAAAAUUUAAGUGUUUUAUUUAUAAGAAAGCUUUGAACUGCUUUUUAUAUUAUUACUACUUGCCAUUGUAUGGACUGGCUUAAGAAUUUGAUUUAAAGAGGGUAGCUCAGAGUUGUUGACACUACACAGUAAAAGUAAUUUUAAGGAGAGGUUUAAAAUGUAAAAGUCAAAGAAUCAAGCCAUUAUUAAAGUCUUUUAUACUGCACUAUUGGUAAAUUAAGGUAAAACAAGAGAAUAGAAACACAUUUAUUAAAAUACUGUGAAGUUAACAUUUUAAAUAAAUUGGCUGCAUUUUUAUAUUAAAAUAACAAGUGUUUUGUUUUCACCCAGUUUAAACAAAUAUCACUUGGUGAAGUGCGUGCGUGCGUGCGUGUGUGUUAUGAAACUCUAAUAGAAUGUAGUACCUUCCUUAAAAAUUAUUUAUGAUUUGUUUACAUGUUUUAAGUCUUGAAUUUUCAGUUCAGUUUUGAAAUUAUAGACUUCUGAAACAUUUUAUCAUUUCUUCCCUAAUGAAAUACACUUUGGACCACACUUCCUAUAUGCAUAAAAUAAUUUGUAUUUGAAUUCACCAUGUCUAACAUCACUUUUGAUUUAUGUACUUUGCUGUAGCCUUCCUUCAAACUCUUAUCUGCCAGUCUGUGUAAAAAAAAAAAAAAAAAAAAAAAAAAAAUCAAAUCGCAAAAGCAUUUAUAUUUCUUUUUUUGCUGAUUUAGACUGUAUAAUUAGGAAUCAGACUUUAUGUAAAAUUUAUUCUUGUAAUCAUUGUUUUCUUUGUAUUUAUGAUGAGAUGGGAUUUGUCAAAGGGUAAAUAAGUUUACAAACAGGCCAUAUACAUAUAUAAAUAUAUGACAAAAAAUGAUUUUGAAUAACCGAUCCAAGCGUACUGUUCCCCAGUGACAUGCUGCUUUUAGAGUGAUUAAACCAUGCAGCCGAAAUGCUCAAGUAACCAUUAAUGGAGUCCCACAAACCUCUGCAGUUGUGUUUUAAUUAGCAGUGAUUUUAGGGUGGAAUCAUCCUGAAUUCUUCUUUGCUGGUCCCAGAGCUGCUACGUAAUGCAUGUCCCCUGAGUGAAGUCUCAGUCUCUCUUCUCUGUAUUUCUAGCCUUCCUUUCACCCUGGAGAGACCAGAGAUUUAGAGAAUGCUGCUUGAAUUAUUGUAUUCAUUCAUUCCUUCCUUAAAACAAAUGCAUUUUGAUUUCAGUAACAAUGUAAGGACUUGUUUUCAGAGGACUAUUUUUAAUGUUGACCCCACCAUCAUAUUUGAUACAAUUUUGGCUCUUUGUAUGAUUUACUUGGAAACCCUGAUUAGCUGGACAGUCUGUCCAGCCGCAGCUCAGAAACACUCAGUACAAGAACAAAGUGAUCGGCUGGGAAGCAGUUUUUGGACUCGUUUCCCUCUUUUUGAUGCUUUUUUUUUUUGCUUUAACAUCUAUGAAGCAGCUUUUACGUGUACAUACUCUGGACCAUGUAUGAAACAUUAAUUUUAUUCAUAUUUUCAAAGAUUUCUGUACUGUAAAUGAUAAAACUAAAGCAUUUUGUAGUGUACAAUAAUGUAACAAAAUUAAAUGCUUUACAUUCUUUACAUCAUUAAA